AUGGACGGUCAGUUUCUCUCCGUUUUGAGUGAGGAGAUGAUCAUUCAAGUGCAAGCGAUCGAACAGAUCCAAGGCCUUGGAUUCUUAGAUAAGAGCAAAUCUAAUACCAUUCCAUCUCUUGCGAUCAUUACACAAACACAACGUUCAGUGGAAUCGGGACAACCGGAAAAAGACGACGACGCCAUUCCACAGGGAAGGACUUUUGAAGUUCCGCUGUGGCUUGCACGAACACUUCAACGGAACGGGUACGUCAGAAUUGUUGUCGACUCGUCGAAUAAUAAACAGUACAGCAGACAAUUCAUUAAGGCCACAGGAGACUUCCUUAAGAACCAACCGACAAAAAGUACCCUCUCGAAGUUCCCAUUUUACUUUGAGGCAGGAAUAGCUAUCGCAAAGGAAAUAGGAGACGUCGCUAUGGUCGAGGAACUAGGGAAGUUGAUGCUGGAUAGAAUCAAAUUACUGUAUGAUAGAGCAUUCCAUAUUAAUGAGGAAUCAACGCAAUUUGUGAAGACUUUAACAUUCCAUGAAAAAGAACUAUACCAAACUAUUGUGGAGGAAAACGCAGAGGCACUCAAAGUAAAAACCGCCAGAAGGGACGUUGUUGGCAAAAGCGUCUUUUCUGACCAAAAAACUACAAAGUGA